AACUCAUUUUCAUACUCGUCUCUCAUUUUCUCACCCUGUUUUUUUCUAACAACGACCAUUGUUAUUUCUACAUGGAAGGAGGAGUACCUGAUGCCGAUGUCUCUGCCUUCAGUGAAUGCCUCUCUCUCUCAUGGAAGAAUCCCUAUGUCCUUCGCCUCGCUUUUUCUGCAGGAAUCGGUGGCCUUCUUUUUGGCUAUGACACCGGGGUGAUAUCUGGAGCUCUUUUGUAUAUAAGGGAUGAAUUCACCGCGGUAGAUAGGCAGACUUGGCUUCAGGAAGCUAUAGUGAGUACAGCAAUUGCAGGAGCAAUAGUAGGUGCUGCAGUGGGUGGAUGGAUGAACGAUCGAUUUGGAAGAAGAACAUCAAUCCUUUUAGCUGAUAUCCUCUUUUUAAUUGGGUCAGUUAUAAUGGCUGCUGCACCUAGCCCUGGUGUUCUCGUCCUGGGUCGAGUUUUUGUUGGCCUUGGUGUUGGAAUGGCUUCAAUGGCAUCUCCUUUGUACAUUUCUGAGGCUUCCCCCACCAAAGUUCGAGGAGCCCUUGUAGCUCUCAACAGUUUCCUCAUCACCGGUGGACAAUUUCUCUCCUACCUCAUCAACUUGGCUUUCACUAAGGCGCCGGGUACAUGGAGGUGGAUGCUUGGAGUGGCUGCGGCACCUGCUAUAAUACAAGUGGUGUUAAUGUUUACGCUCCCAGAAUCACCACGUUGGCUGUUCCGAAAGGGAAAGGAGGAGGAAGCAAAAGCAAUAUUGAGGAAAAUUUAUCCACCCAAUGAUGUUGAAGAAGAAAUCCAAGCUUUGCAUGAUUCAGUUGCUACGGAACUGGAGCAGGCAGGAUCCUCAGAAAAAAUCAGCAUAAUCAAACUGUUGAAAACCAAGGCAGUGAGGAGAGGUUUGGUGGCAGGAAUGGGCCUUCAAAUCUUCCAGCAAUUCACGGGCAUCAACACUGUCAUGUACUACAGUCCCACAAUUGUUCAGUUAGCUGGUGUUGCAUCCAACCAGACGGCAAUGCUCCUCUCCCUGAUCACUUCUGGGCUUAACGCGUUCGGUUCGAUCUUGAGCAUAUACUUCAUUGACAAGACUGGGAGAAAGAAACUUGCUUUGCUUAGUUUGUGUGGCUGUGUUGUAGCCUUGGCCCUUUUAACAUUCACUUUCCGCCAAACCGAAACUCAUUCUCCAAUGAUUAGUGCGGUUGAGACCGCUCAUUUCAACAACACCUGCCCUGGUUUCAGCCAAGCUGUGAAUGCUAAUGAAUGGGAUUGCAUGAAGUGUCUAAAGGCAGAAUGUGGCUUUUGUGCAUCCGACGUCUCUAGCAAGCGCUUACCUGGCGCAUGUUUGAUUUCUAAUGAUGCUACAAAGGGUAUGUGUCAAAAAGAACAUAGAGCAUGGUACACACAAGGAUGUCCUAGCAAAAUUGGGUGGCUUGCAAUAGUGGGACUUGCACUGUACAUCAUAUUCUUCUCACCAGGGAUGGGAACUGUUCCAUGGGUUGUCAAUUCUGAAAUCUAUCCUCUGAGGUACCGUGGAGUAUGUGGAGGAAUUGCUUCUACAACAUGUUGGGUUUCAAACCUCAUUGUUUCGCAGUCCUUCUUGACUUUGACCGUGGCUAUUGGGACAGCAUGGACAUUCAUGUUAUUUGGGUUUGUUGCUCUCGUUGGCAUCUUAUUCGUUCUCAUCUUCGUGCCAGAAACUAAGGGAGUUCCAAUUGAAGAAGUUGAGCAGAUGCUGGAGGAAAGAGGUCUGCACUUCAAGUUUUGGGAGAAGAGGAGUCCUACCCAGAAGGCUUGAUUAAGUUUGAUUAGAUCUUUGUCGAAAGAGUAAUAUUUCGCACCACUUGACUCUUACCCGUGAUGUGAGAUAAUUAUGGUUUCUUCUAAGGUUAAGUAGUGAAGAGGAAUAUGUUUAGAUGUUUUCUAGCUUUUGUUUGUAGUUUUUUUUUUCUCUCUUAAGAUUUGCUGUUUUAUUGCAGUUAGUGUUUGGCUACUGGUUAGUAUGUUUUUAUGAAAUCCUAAAGGAUGAACAAUGAGUAAUAUAUAAUGAUGAUAAAUUGUAUGUAAUGAGUGUUCAGUCAUCAGCA